CAGAAUAUCGCAGUCAGUUCAAAGUCCGUUGUCGGUCCUGUCUCGAAAUUCAAGACACGGCUUCUCUGGUUGUCAUAUCUCAGUUUUGUCUUCACUCAUUUGCAAGUUACCGCCUUCUAAACGGAAGAAAAUUGGACAGUUUCUGAAAGCCUCUGUUCACGAUGGCUGAUCGUAAACCACAAAGCAGAGAGGUACUGUUCAAGACAGGCCAACCAAAGGACAAAGAACUUCUCAGUCUGGCUCGUGAAAUCAAGUCAAUCUGGAGACCACUUGGUGUGGUUUUAGGCCUAACAAAUGCGACUUUGGAUGAAAUUCACGAAGAUAAUCCUAAAGUGUUGGAUAAAUCAUAUACCAUGCUAAGAAAGUGGAAGGAGUCGCGUGGAUCUGGGGCGAGUUAUCAAAACUUAGCUGAGGGGCUAGAUAACGAAGUUUUUAAAAGGCAUGACUUGGUAGAGAGAUACUGUAACGACAAAGUCGCUGAGAUAGCUCAAGAUGGAAUCGCCAGAUUAGCAGUAGGACCAAAAGACGAUACCAAUCUUCAGGAAGCUGAAGCUUCAAUCACGAGAAGAGUUCUUCCUUCAGUGGGGAUUCUACCUGGUAAACCAUUUCACGUGACUCACAGACGAGGCAGAGAAUUACAAAAGGUAUACGAUUUUUUCGUCGACUUAAGACAGAACGUUUCAAGCUCCACAGUCAUAGGCUUGUACAUUAAAGGUCCUCCCGGUUGUGGAAAGACACAACUAGCAAGACAGGUUGGAGAAGAGUUUAUGCAAAACAUUACACCUGGGGGAUGUUUCGAAAAUAUGCCUCGUGUCGUCGCUACGUUGCAAGCGAAUAGCCCUGAGUCAAUGUUACAAUCAUUCAAAGAGUUACACGAGAAGUUAGAAAUCCCUAACGAACGCGAAUAUCAAGGAGGUGUCCGCGAGCAGAUCAAGAGUUACGUGGAAGAUUUUAAGAACUACCUUCGUAGAACAAAAUCUGUCUGGCUUUUGAUCGUUGAUAACCUAACAGUCAGUGAUCAAAUGAGAGAAUUCUGGCCAUCUCCGGGACAGGAAAGCUCAUGGGGGGAGGGAACAGUCUUGGUUACGACCCAGGAUUCUGAACUCGCCCCCAGAUCCCACGCACAUGCCAGGGUAAUCUCGCUGGAUUCAGGGAUGGAAGAGGAAGACGCUAUGGAAUUGUUACGAAUGAUAUCUGAAAUGGAUGUGGAUGAAGAUGCUAAAAGAGUCGCUAGCGUUCUUGGCUAUUUUCCACUGUCUCUAGCUUGUGCAGCAGUUUAUGUCAGGCAAAUGAGUUUGGAUCGCCCGGUUUCAAAGUUUUCUUGGAAAAACUAUCUGUCGAACCUCCAAGAGUACUUCGCAUAUCUUGAUCAUUCUGAUUUCACGCAUCACAAUCCAUGUUAUCCGCAGUCAAUGAUACGAGCAGCAGAGUUCGCAGCCAUACGGAUGGCCGAGAACAGCGAAGUUCUCCGGGCUGCCUUCGUGUUCCUUUCGUACUGCUCCUUACGACCCAUUCCGUUGGACACUGUGGCUGAUUACGUCUUACGCGAGGCUAAAGCCAGUGGUAACGUCAACAUCAGAGUGCCUGAUGACGUCAAGCUAAAAAUAGCAAGGUGUUCUUUGCUAAUAUAUCCGAAAACAGGAGAAAGAGGAAUCGAAGUGGUUACGCUUCAUCAAGUAAUGCGGUUGGCGUUCUCUCAGAUCAGACGAAAACAAGGCAAGUCGGGAAAAAAUGUCGAUAAAUGUGAAGCUACUGGUGAGAAGAAAAAAGAGUUGAGUGGAGUACUUCAAGCCUUAAACGAAGCCUACAAAUCAAAGAAAGGUGGGUUAAAAGAGCGCGAUCUUGCCAUAAGGAUUCUGCUGUGUCCACACUUGAAAGAGUUUGUUGAAGAAGUAAAAGUGGUCCAGUGGCUUGAAGAAGAUUUACUUGUAAAGGCGUUGGUUUACCUUGCGGAUGGUCUUGUACACGUUGCCGGGGUAACCGACAAUUACCGCGUGGCUUUACUUGAGCGCGCUUACAAGAUCAACAAACAACUGGGUUGUACUGAUAUCACCGCAUGCAGGUUGCUUCAAGACUUGGGUUACACGUACCGUGAGGCGGGCUUCCUGGAUAAAGCGAUUCCGAUUCUGGAGGACGCCAAGAAGCUCUGCGAGACUGAAACAGAUCCCAUAUGGAUGGAAGAAAAAUCAAAGGUCUUAAAUGUUCUUGCUUUUACGUUUCGUGAAGGUUCUCAGCUGGACUUAGCAAAGAAGUACAUGAAGCAAUGCGUUGAAGUGACCCGGGAGGCUUAUGGGAACAGUCACGUUGAGCUGGUUGAGAGAAUGUGUAACCUUGGAAUCAUUUUGCACGACAGAUGGGAAAACGAUGAGGCUAUACAAGUCCUGGAGGAGGCCAGAAAAAUUAUUGAAAAUUGUGAUUCGACUGAGAUGUUCCUUCGUGGCCAGGUGUUGAAUUACACAGCUAAAGUCCAUCUGCGAUGGUAUCUUGGCCUGCGUCACACCCAUCCACAUGCGUGCCGCACCAAAAUGCAUCUGAGAGAAUCGGCCACGCUACACGCGCAAGCGUUAAAAAUCUACCUAGAUCUUCACGGAGAUAAUCACAAGUUCCCCAACGGAGUUAGGAUGACAUACGGAACGGCAAAACUUCAUUUAGGAGACAUUGACGAAGCUUACGAGAUGUGUCAGAAGGCCGUCGAGGUAUACAGAAGCUCAGGACAUAUUGCGUGGCCGCGUGCGGGUACAUUCCUCGCAGACGUCCUAUUCACCCGUGGGGAAUAUCGACGCGCGAAGGAUUUUCUGGAAGAGCUUGUACAAGUUCAUAAGGAUAAGAACCUCGUAGUGAGUCCCGGUGCCUAUCAUCCUAGGGCUCUCUUGGGCGAGGCUUUUGUGCACGUUGGUGACAUGGACGCUGGAGAGAAGAUCUUGGACGAAUGUCUACAAGAGUGGAAAAAGAAAGGAAUUCAUCCAGAACAUUACUGGGUAGCUCGUGUGCAAGCGUUUCUCACAGAUCUAAGAUCACGAGAGUCGAUGAAAUGCAGCGGUCAAAUCUUCAAUGAGCUGCCCGAUCAACUGAAUUGAAGAAAGAUUUUAUGAGCGCUUUAGAAACAUACAUAAGCCGGUAGAGUGGCUAGAUUUUUUUUAUCUAUGACAAGUUUGUCGUCGACCUUC